AUGUCGAACCGAAGGGCACCUCUGGCCAACGUUCCCAAUGCCGUCAAUUCCCCUCAUCGAGGGGGCCUCCUAGCCACGAAGCGACCACGUCCACUCAACUCACAAGCCGACGGAAGCGUUGCCCACCCCCCUCUCAAGAAACAAAUCCUGUAUCGAGGCGAUGGUGGUGCCAGGUCGCCGCCUCGGAAGCUGGCUUGUCAGACCACCGAUAGCAAGCUGUUCACGCGUAAAAAUAAUGCUCAGCCGACCGCGUUUGAACGGAAAUUAGCAGCCGCGAGGGAAAAGCAGAACGUCCAGGUUAUGUCAAAACCUAAGAAGAAUACUGCUGAAACUGCAGAAAGCAUACGACAAUGGCAAAGGCAUUAUCAAAAAGCUUUCCCUAGCUUUGUUUUCUACUUCGAUUCCGUCCAGGACGAUAUUAGACAAAGAUGGGGAAGGCAAGUAUGUGCGCUUGGAGCGAGCGACGAGGUUUUCUUCUCCAAAGAUGUAACUCAUGUUGUCACCACCCGUCCAAUUCCCCCCGAGCUACAAUCUCAAUCCUUCGAAACAACUACGGCAACUGAGGAGCAUAAAGGGUGUGGGGAGACCAACACUGUCAACCCUUCUCUCUUGGAUAACAGUACAGAGACUACCCAAUCACGUCGACCGCGACAACCAUACGACAAAAGACCAUUGGAUGGAGGGUUAGAUAUCUUACAUCGGGCACGUCAACUGAACAUCAAGAUAUGGAGCUUAGAUAAACUGGAACGCUUCAUUAUCGCAAUUCUUGACCGCGAUCUCCCACAACAUGGCCAUUUUCUCCGUAAUAAUGUGGCAGCAGUGAACAGAAGCAAAGCAGAGCCGGAUCUUUCUACCGUUUUGCGCAACGAGAAGCUCAACGGGCCUUCUGAUCGCAGCUCGUUGUUGGGAGCGAGAGACCUCGUUCCUUUCAAGGGUCCGUAUAUAUACGUCUACGACUAUCAUGGACAGACUCGACCGGUUCUAGUUCGGGAUUACCCUAAGGUUGCAAGGAAGCAAGAUGGCGUUUGGCCACAGUUUCGCAGUGCAUCUUUGGGGAAAUGCCCCUUUCUCGAAGAUAGCAAGGAGACUGUGCAAGCCAAAAAGAUCCAACAAGAAAAGCAACUAAAGCUCGCAGUCAAAGGAAAACCAGUUCUGACUACGACCGUCAAAGAGAUGGCACCCCCUCCUUCCUUUGAAAAGCCAGCCCUGAAACCUUCCCAAAUCGACCAUCGUCGAAAAGUGACCGAAAAUGUCGAGAGUGCGCGGCCUGCGGUUGGUCAAGCCGGACUACCCCUUAUAAAGUUCAAAGCUGGCACUGGGCCUGUUCCGUCGCUUGGAGCGUGCUCCCUUGGCGAAAUAGCCGCGUCGGGAAUUCAGCCAUCCAAUAUCACAUCCGCAAUUAGAUCUCAGAUGAUAUCUUCAACGGCCCCUGUGUCAGGUGCCAAGGCGGGGACGAGCAGAGAAAUUCAUGAGUUAAAGCGAAAAGUAUUAGAGAAAAAUAACGGAAUUCUGCUAAACCAGAAUCCUUCAAACUCAACUACUGCAGUUGGGACUAGGGUUCCGACCACACGAGCUUCCAAAGCUAAGGCCUUGGAGAACCUUGGAAUGAUACCAGAGGAUAGGAAAGUCCAAUCUAUAUCGAAGGCCAAUGUUAGACAGACCACCGCCCCUAAAAGGGACCCAAAACCGGGAUAUUGCGAAAACUGUCGAGAGAAAUUUGACGAAUUCGAUGAGCAUAUCAAGUCUCGUCAGCAUAGAAGAUUCGCCGCAAACCCUUCCAAUUGGUCGGAGCUAGACAGGGUUCUUGGAGCGCUUCAGCGGGACAAAAUACCUGCGCGAAUUGACCCGGAAUCCAACUGGGAUAUCGAUGAUCCUAGACAUUAUGGUUACUACUAG